AACGUUCUUUUAUUUGAUAUCACUGCAGCAAACCUUUCAGAGGUAUCCUCGACCUGAAAAGGAAUAUCAGUCAUUUUCUCUUAUGUAUAAUGAUAGGUCUUUAGAUUUGAUAUGCAAGGAUAAAGAUGAAGCUGAAGUUUGGUUUACUGGUCUAAAAGCGUUAAUAUCACGUGGCCUUCAUCAGAAGGGGAGAGCAGAAUCAAGAAGUGGAGUUACAUCUGAAGCAAAUAGUCCAAGAUCACAUACCCAAAGAAGUUCUCCUUUGAGCUCUCCAUUUUGUAGUGGUGAUAGUUCGCAGAAGGAUGGUGUGGAACCUUUUCAUCUUCAAGCUACAUUUGAAAGCCCUCCAAAAGUUGGUUUGGAGAAGGCUUUAUCAGAUGUCAUGUUAUAUGCCCUGCCUCCCAAAAUUCCAUUUCCUUCAGACGCUGCAUGUGGCUCGGUCCAGUCUCUGUCAUCAGGAGGUUCAGAUGGAAUGAAUGGACGAAUAAAGGGUGCAGGUGUGGAUGCUUUUAGAGUAAGUUUAUCAAGUGCUGUUAGCUCAUCAAGUCAAGGCUCUGGUCAUGAUGAUGGUGAUGCUUUAGGGGAUGUUUUCAUUUGGGGGGAAGGCAUUGGUGAUUGCUUUCUGGGUGGAGGAUCACAUAGAGUUGGAAGUUCUUCUAGUUGUAAGAUGGACUCUUCUGUGCCUAAAGUCUUGGAAUCUGCUGUAGUACUUGAUGUUCAAAGUAUAGCUUGUGGUGGACGACAUGCUGCUUUCGUAACCAAGCAAGGAGAGGUAUUUUCUUGGGGCGAAGAGUUAGGAGGCAGACUUGGACAUGGUGUGGAUGCUGAUGUUUCGCAUCCGAAGCUCAUAGAUGCUCUUAAAAAUAUCAAUGUUGAAUUUUUAGCAUGCGGGGAAUACCACUCUUGUGCUGUAACACUUUCCGGUGACAUGUACACAUGGGGUGGCAGUACUUGCAAUUUCUCGCUCCUUGGCCAUGGGUUUCAAUCAAGUCAAUGGGUCCCGAGAAAGCUAAAUGGACCUUUAGAGGGGAUUCAUGUCUCAUCGGUUUCUUGUGGACCAUGGCACACAGCUGUUGUGACCUCUGCUGGCCAAUUGUUUACUUUUGGAGAUGGAACUUUUGGUGUUCUAGGUCAUGGGGAUCGAAAGAGUAUUCCGGUACCCAGGGAGGUUGAGUCCCUUAAAGGUCUCCGCACUGUGCGAGUAGCUUGUGGUGUUUGGCACACUGCAGCAGUGAUUGAAGUUAUGAUGGGGUCAUCAAGUUCCAGCAACUGUUCUUCUGGAAAGCUUUUUACAUGGGGAGAUGGAGAUAAAGGUCGACUUGGACAUGGUGAUAAGGAAGCAAGACUUGUGCCCACUUGUGUUGCUGCUUUGGUUGAACCCAACUUCUGUAAAGUUGCUUGCGGACAAAGUCUGACUGUUGCACUUACAACUACGGGCCAUGUUUACACAAUGGGAAGCCCUGUUUUUGGUCAACUAGGGGUCCCUCAAGCUGAUGGGAAACUUCCAUGCCGUGUUGAGGGAAAGCUAAUGAAGAGUUUUGUUGAAGAAAUUGCUUGUGGUGCUUAUCAUGUUGCAGUUUUAACUUCAAGAACUGAAGUUUACACUUGGGGAAAGGGUGCAAAUGGUCGAUUAGGUCUUGGGGAUACAGAAGAUAAAUUUUCACCAACAUUAGUUGAAGCUUUGAAAGACAAACAAGUCAAGAGUAUUGUUUGUGGCACUAACUUUACAGCAGCUAUCUGUCUGCAUAAAUGGGUCUCCGGUAUUGAUCAAUCGAUGUGUUCUGGCUGUCGCCUUCCAUUUAAUUUUAAAAGAAAAAGACACAAUUGUUAUAAUUGUGGACUUGUGUUAUGCCAUUCAUGCAGCAGCAAAAAGUGUCUCAAGGCUUCCAUGGCACCAAACCCAAACAAACCUUAUCGUGUCUGUGACAACUGUUUUAGCAAACUUAGGAAGGCAACCGAAACCAACUCUUCAUCUGGACCUGCUUUUAGUAGAAGAGGAAGUAUGAAUCAGGGAUUCAAUGAACUAAUUGAAAACAAUGUUAAGGAAAUGGAAAGUGGAUCUUCCAAAAGAAACAAGAAACUGGAUUUUAGCAGCAAUUGCGUUACUCCCAUUCCAAAUGGAGUUUCUGAGCGCCGUGCAGUCAAUACAACUAAAUCUUUCAACCCAAUGUUUGGAUCAUCCAAAAAGUUUUUCUCAGCUUCGCUUCCUGGAUCCAGAAUUGCAUCCCGAGCAACAUCACCAACAUCAAGACGAUCUAGUCCACCUCGUGCAACAACCCCAACCCCAGCUCUUUCAGGGCUUACUUUGCCAAAAGUUGUGGAUGAUGCUAAAAGGACAAAUGACAGUCUGAGUGAAGAAGUUCUUAAAUUAAGAGCUCAG